AUGAAUGGCUACCCCGUGAUGCUCCGACCGCAAGGUGGCUCCCGUAUCAUUGGAUUCGGCACGACGGGAAUCGUGUGCCAGAGCAGUCGGCAUCCGGAGCAGGUUAUUAAAGGCCCGCUCAGACACAAUCUUCAAGGCUGCAGUGCAGAAGUCACCGAAACAACAUUGCAUAACGAGGAGCAUUCGAUUUCAUGUUUUGAGCGCGAAAAGCUCAUUUACAGUAUACUACCGAAGGACCCAGCUAUCCUUGAUUGCCUCGCAAUUACAGAAGAUGGUAUACACUUUCCUUUUCUACGACUUGGCAACUUACGCGAAUAUCUUGAACUUCAUCAUCAAACCAUCCCAAGUCAAAUCCGACAGCAGUGGAUUAUAGCGGCCGCUAGUGCUAUCUCUAUACUACAUCGCUAUGGAGUUAUACAUUCCGACAUCAGUGCUAGGAACUUUCUCGUCGCCGAUGACUUGUCGAUUAAGCUUUGCGACUUUUCAGGGUCAGCAAUAGAAGAGCAAGGUUCUCUUGUGCAGGAGGAAGAUCGAUAUCGAAUGGCUCCGGACUCUCCGCGGUCUACUAUGACAGACAUUUUUGCAUUUGGGUGUCUGAUAUUUGAGAUCACGACUGGCCAUCGCCCAUACGAGGAAAUCGAUGAUGAAAAUUAUCAAGAAAUUGAAAGUCGUUACGCCGAUGGACAGUACCCGUGCAUUGACGGGUUGCCUUACCAAGAGGUCAUGUAUAAAUGCUGGACUUGUCGAUACAAAAACCUUGACCAGCUUAGGUAUGAUCUGCAGAAAGAAAAUGAUAAUAUGACGCGCUUGUAG